AGUGGGUUUUCAUCUUGGACUUGACGAUGACUUUUGGCAAGCAGAUCAUUCUGGGCUUUCAUAAUGAUCAGCUUUUAAAUAGGAGCAGAUAGAAACCUGGGUCACUUGGUCACCAGGAUUUUUCCAUCUUCAUGAUGGUGAAGACAGGAAACAGAAAGUAGCAAGACUUCCCCAUUCUCAGAGCAACUACAGCAAGCUGCAGGACCGCUUCUCUGCUGAGCCUCCUUUAUCUGCUGCAUCAGGUUUCAGAAUCACCCUCAUGAUGAUGGAGAAAUUACAAGGAUCCGACACCCCUGUAGCAGUCCUAGAAAAGAGCAAGAGAGAGAUCCUAAGGCAUACCAAGAGGGCAUGGACACCUCUGGAUGUCCAGCUGCUUCCUGGCUCUGAGGAAGAAAGUGCAACGGUCUCUAUGCACAUGCAAGAAAAUUCCAAACAAGAAUGUAUCCAGCAGUGGCUGGACUCUGGAUUCUUUGUCUCUGUAAAUGAAAAUUUUCAGCAAGCCAUCAACCAUUCUGCUUCUUUGCAUGAACAAGGAAUGGUUCAAAUGACUGUGAAAGACUACAUGAGAUCUCUGCAUCAGUUCUCAGAGACUCCUACCCUAUCCAGAGGGACUAGUUUCAACUCAUGCUAUUCCACCACAGGGGUGCCGCAAAGCAUUCCUGAAUGGCUAGAAUUUUGGGAAAAAGACCCAGUGGAGAUUCUCUUGGAUCUAGGCUUUGGUGCUGAUGAGCCAGAUAUCUGCACACAAAUCCCAGCCAGAUUCCUUGGUUGCAGCUCAGCAGCGAGAGGAAUCAACAUCCGUGUUUUUCUUAAAGCACAGAAGCAGAGGAUGGACUUGGAGAACCCUGACUUGUAUGGCCGUUUCCGACAGUUGGAAAUCUUGGAUCAUGUGACCAAUGCCUUCUCAUCUCUGUUGAAUGAUGUUAACACCCUCCAGAGCCAAGCUGAAGAGAAAGCUGUAAGACAGGGUAGGCACAGCCCCACAUCCAGUGGCACUAAAGAGCAUCGGCGAAGAAUGAGUCAACUUUUAAGGAGAACUUCAAGACAGAACAUCAGGAGGGUUGGUAACCCAGCACUGUUAGAAUCAUUCAAGAUGCAAGAUGGGACUUCUUCUCUGCCAGCCAAGCCAUGGGAGCAUAGACUGGAAUUACAAGUGGCAUCCAUUAGCAAUGAUGGAAGUCAAGUGCCUCCUUCUAUAGAGCAUGGUUCUGCCCAAGCCUGCAAUGACUUGUUACCUUGUCUUCCUCCACAAGCUCUUCUGGAUGAGCAGUGGCCUUGUUCAUCCUCACUGGCAAAACAGUCUCCUCAGACCAAUGUGUCUGAGGGGUCAGUUAGGAGAAAAACUUGGAAGGAGAAAUGGAUUCACAUGGACAAGCUUAAGAACUUGUCUCACAUUGUGAGUAAAGGACCAGACUCCUUUGAAAUGGAAGAGGUCCAAAGCUUUGAAGAAGACACUGGCAACCCUAUUAACCCGAUUUCAGGAUUUGUAGGCACCCGAGUGGACAGAACCAAUAGCUGUCAGUCAGACAGCAGUGGAUUUUUGGAGGAGCUGCCAGAGCCCAAUCCUGUCCAGGUGUCUUCAUUGCCAGGCAGCCAGAGUCCCACUGAGGGUAGAGGUAGCAAACCAAGGGAUCAGAGUCAUAGCCCAGCACCGUGGCAGGACUGUCAGCAAGAGUCCAAGGGCUCUGAAUCCAAGAGCAUGGUGAGCUUAUCUUUGUUGAGCCACGAUAGGAGUAUAUUGGAAGGAAAGGUCUCAGCAUCUGUGGAGGAGGAGGAGGAGCUUCAACUUGAGGCUAUGGAGACACUCAUCCCAGAUACGACCCUCACCAAGACCAUGAUGGUGGGAGAAUACCCAGGGAGUGUUGUUGGAACUGUAGCCACGUCUACAUGUGAUGACACAAUGGGGAUCAUGGUGGCUCCUGUCACAGAAAAGGAAGACACAUCUCUGAGGCAUAAGGGUGCCGGGAAAAUGCUGAUACAAAGGCACCACUUUGAGUCACCAAGGUCAUCCGGGAUUGAUCAGAAUCCAGACAGUUCCUAUCUUGUGGACUCUGAGAUCCCAGGAACAGAGGACAGCAGCAAGGUCUACCCUGACACCAAGCAAAACUCAGUGGUGCAGAAGAAGCUGGCACAGCACUUUCAGCAGCACAGAGGAGCCACGCCCUAUAAAGGUGACCUUGUUCAAAACUCGGAUAAGUCAGUUCCCCACCUUGGGAAGGCACCUGGAGAUGCUCCCACUGACUCAAAUGCUGCCAGCUCUUGGUCUGUGACAACCCAGAUGUCUUCCAAUCUGGUGUCAACUGCUCAGAGUGUUGCAGACUUGGGGACCUACUAUAAAGGAACAGCUUUAGAUUGCAGUCCAGGUGACCCUGUUAGUACCACAGACCCCAGAGUACAGACAGAAGCAAAGCAGGUCAAUGAUGUUGCUGUUCAGACUUAUGCAUAUGAAUGCAAACCCAGGCCCUCACACAAGGCCUUAAUUCAUAGACCCUGGCCCCUCACCAAAUCCAUCUCUUUGGACACAGGUUUUUCUAGCACCUCCCCAACAGGCCUCUGUCACACCAUACCUGCCCAUUGUUGUGUCUGCUGUCAUCACUGUCCCAACUGCCAGGGGAGGAGGCAAAGCCCUGGCCCAGAACCCUCUAUUUGCAGGCAUUUCCUGUACUCACAUGCAGAGGAUCCUGAAGCCCGGUUCAUGAGGACAUUGAAAAUACUUCAGGACACUACUGUGAGGGACUUGUGUUCUUGUACAGUCUAUGAGAUGGAAACCAUGAAGUUGGUGUGCCAGAGUUUCCAGGAGCACUUAGAGGAAAUUGAACAGCACUUCAUGGGACAGCAGGCACUCUUUCCCAGGGACAUUUCAGAAGAGGAAAGGGAAGAGGCUGAGGACCUGAGGACUUUGCGAGAGGCCCUGAGGCAGCAGGUGGCAGAGCUGGCAUUUCAGUUGGGAGACCGAGCCAGGCAAAUCAAAGAGGGCGUCCUACUGCAGCUAGACCUUCUCUCAGAGGAGCUACCUGAACACUGUGCAAAUCUGCAACAAUGCAACUGGACAGAGGGAAAGCAUGGCCAGAGUUCAUGUGUUCAAACCCACACUGUGGCCCCUGAGCCUGCCCUGCCUGCCAGCAACGGACAGCAGAUUCCCUGCUUGGGGGUGACUCAGCUAGUUGCUCUUGGUCCCUCUGACCUUGAGACCAGACAUAGGAUGUCUCUACAGUCACCAGCUAUGACAGAGUCAGAUCCAGGUCCUUUAUCAAGUAGUACUGUAGAGUAAUCUCUGCUAGACCAGAGAGUUUGAUGACCUUUGAACAAAGUGGAAGAUCCCAGAACAGCUGUAACAAGGGAAUUCAAGUCCUAUGUACCCUUCUAUUCUAUGAUUAAACUCAGAAUAUUUUAAUAUUCAUUUAUUACAUAAUAAGGAGUCACCCGGUAUGUGCCUGACUGGGGUAUAUUAUAGUCAUUGAGUAGCUUAUGGCCUUUACCCUGAGAGAGCAUGUGUCCUAGUGGAAGAGGCCGAAUAUAAACACACAUAUGUAUUUAUAACUAAAAAGCAAGAAAAGACAAUGUGACUUUAUUUUACGACAGAUAAGUAUCUGAGUCUGCUCAGGUACCUGGCAUGUUCAGAGAUGUGAUAGUGCUGACGCUGGAGGCAGCUGUGAGCAAGACAGAAUGUCUAUGCAUCAAGAGUUGGAUAAAGUGAGAGAAACAACAAAUAAAUAUCAUUUCCAUACAGACAGUUUGUGGAGGAGCCACCAUGUGACAUGGGAGGGAAGUGCCCUAGGGGCCUCAUCAAAGGGAGCUAUUAGAAAAGACUUGAAGGUAAGAAGAUGGAAGCCCUAGAGAAUUCAGGUUCAAGAGACUGGAAAGCAGAAGAGAGGAAGGUUCACAGGCUAGGAUGUAGAAACACUAUUUUGCCAACUGUGGUAGGUGAUAGUGAGGACCUAAGUGAGGACCCUGACUCCUUUCAGGCCAUGGUCAGAAGUCUAAGGGCAUGUAUUCUUUCAAAUGUAACAGAAAGCCUCCAUAAGUGUUAAACAUAGAUUUUAUAAGGUCUUAACUACUUUUUAUAAUCACAAAAUGAUACCACCAUGGAACCUACAGGGAGGUGAGGCUGCUGGCUAUAAGUCUAUGGCUUACUGUUGUCCCUCAAGUCAAAGACAAAAGUUGUCCAGUUGUUUCCAUCUAGCUGUCAGAACAGCAUGGCUCCUACUACAGGGAAAACACAUGGAGGUAGAUAUGAAAGCCAAGAGAUGACUGGAAUCAGGAAUUGAUAAAAAAUGAAAUAGUCAGAAAUAGCAUCAUAGGAACUCCUGAGGGAAGCUUCUUGUUUGUAUGAGAGGAUGAGUAAGCAGAGGACAUUUCCUUGUUAGGAACCUAAGACAGUAUUCCUUUGGAAACUGUCUACCAGCCUGUUUCAUCCCUUAUCUUCCUGCUUUGGUUGCUAUGACUUCAGUGAGGCUCUGAUUUCCAGGGACCAUCCACUGUUUCCCCUACUGUACCUCCCUAGAAUGUGGACAUCUCUAAUCACACAUCUUCUUCAGCAUCCAUAUGCACCAUAUGACCCCAGCACCAACCCCUUCAAAACCCCAGUCUUCCAUCCUCCUACCACACACACUCAGAUGAACCCAUUGGCCUUGUCUCCUGUGGCCUUUACUGGCACCUCGGUAUCAGUCACUACAUCACUGCUGUUUCCUCAUAGCCUGGUGACAGCACAAGGCAUGGGCCUCUGACAUGCUUUUAACUUCCCUCUCUCUGAGGUGCCUGGGCAACUGGCAAACUGUCUCUGCCAGGCACCAAUAGGGUCAUGUUUCCCUGACUUGGGGAGAAAACCUAAGAAGUAAUAUGUCAGAGAACUAAGAGAGUCAUCUCAAGACUACAAUCCCAGAGCAGUCUGCUGCCAAAAUGUUGCUCCAGCCAGGAACCACUGUGCCCUUUCCUUUCUGCUGCUGCUGCCAUACUUUCCUGGACCACACCCUCCCCUGGUUCCCACACUAUGAUGCAACUUCCAGCUCCAAACUGGCUCCUAAUUGCUUGUGUACAUCCUGAGUUUCUUCCUUUUCUAGACUGUCAGCAUUUGUCUUGGUUCAGACUUGAGCUGCCUUUGCCUGCAGCCUUUGAGCCUGUGGUUCCUGCCUGUUCUUCACUGGACUGCCUACUACCUGCUUGAUGGUCUCAUGCCCUACCUUGUUCUCAUGUCAAUCUGAAAUGCUGGUCCUCUGAACUACCUUGUAUGUCCCUACGUCCCUUCACAUCACAGACUCUGAAUGUACAGAUUCAACUAACCGCUCUGUGCUAUUCAAAAAACAGUCACAUAUGCAUUAUAGACAUUGUUCUUGCCAUCAUUCAACUACUUUGUAACAUACAUAUACUUUUAUUAGGCACUGCAAGUAAUCUAGAGAUGAUUUAAAGUAUUCAAAGCAUGCAGAUGUGUGUGUUUCGUGCAAACACUCUCUAUUGUGUGACGUAAGGGUUAUUGGACAGAAUAAACGCAGUAAAUUGGUUGCAGUAAUUAACACAGUAUCCCUCAGAGACUAAAUGCUCAAUAUAUGUUGACUGUUAUUGAUGCGAAGACGAACACAUCAGUAAGUCCAAUGUGAUCAUUACCUUCAUUCUGUUGAGAAGGAUUCUGUGAGCAAAACAGCUUACCCUGGAAGAAUAUUAACAAAUGCCUGAGGAAUAGAUGAGCAGAAUAAAGUAGCACUCUCAAGAGACAGGGAAGUCAAUGAUCUCACCACAGAAGCAACACCAUUUCAAGCUGUAGGAGGAGCUAAGCUGCACUUAAAAGGGAUUGGUGUGUAGAUCAUUUCAACCUCCUGGACAAUGACUUCAGAUGUGAAGAAGGAGACAGAGACUCACUGCUUGAAUGAAGAAUGGCAAAUGAAAUCCCCAAAGAACUCUACAUAGUCAGUGGCAGACCUCGGGUCUCCAACAAGGAAGAUAAAAGGAACAAAAAAAUGUAGAAAGACUUCUAUGUCCCACUGAGAACUUUUACUGUCUUUAAUGACUGAUGGGCUGAUUGCCAAAUAUCACCUGGAAUUCCAGUUCUCAGACUCAGACUGAUUGUAAUCACUGACUUCCCUGGUUCAUGUGAUAAACAUCUUAUCUCCAGUUAGUUCUGUUUAUCUGGAGGACUCUGGUAGUGAGGAAGAGCUCAAAGACCAAAAGCUUGACUUAUAAAAAGGUAUGCUGAGUCCUGGGUUUGUUAAUAAGAAGCAACUGAACUUUGGCAAUAAACCCGAGGUUUGAUCCAAUUUUACAAUUAAUAAUUUGUAUUUAAUAAACUGAGCUCUGUAGAUCUCAAGGUCAUCAUCUACAAAUUAACACAGAUAAUGCUUAUUCAGCCCUUUAGUUGACGCCUGGAAUGUUGCCAAGGCUCAGUAAGUAAAUACAGUGUUUGUCAUUAGCAGGAUGAGGAGAGCAAGAGGAGUAGAUGCCAUUGCUUGACCAUUUUACCUUUAGCUAAGUGCUGCACCAAGUACUUUAUGUGUCUUGUCACAUAUCUCCACAACAAAAUUCCAGAGCAGAAACUCACCUAUGCAUAACACACACACACACACACACACACACACACACACACACACACACACACCAAAACUGUCUGAGGUUUGGGAUUUAGUAGGGUGUAGUUUGAAUUUUUCAUCCCACAGCACUAGGGGAUUAAACUGAUUCACUGAUUUUUUUCUAGAACAAAACAUAUCUUUAAAACUCUAUCAAACCUUGGGGCUUAUGUGGAGCUUACUAAAGGACCCCCCAACUCAACCAGAGUAACUCUUUUUCUAUGUGCAUUGAGCUUGGCAGAAAUCUUGCUUCAGGCAGAUACUCACAGCUUAGAAGAGCUUGAAAAACUUGACAUACUAACCACAUUUGACUUUUGUAAACAGAUAGGUUCUGUUGCUUUCAUAUAAAAUGUUUUCUACUACAUAGAAAUCCUUUUGUACCUACCAUUUUAGCAACUUUUAGCUCUUAACUGCUGUCACACCAUUAAGAUAAACAAGAAUUCCUUUGCAUUUCCUGAAUGAUGCCAAGGUCUGUUUCCUCUUUUAUAUAUAUAUAUAUAUAUA